AUGCUACCCACUCCCCCUCCAUCGCCUCCUACCCUCCCUCGUUGCUAUGCCCCAGAAGACCGCUUGGGUUGGCUCCUCGCCAACCGGCUGGAGCUCACCCGCGUCCUCGGCGUAGGCGCCUAUGGCGUCGUCUACACCGCAGUUGACAUCCAUACCAAUGUGAUGUAUGCUGUCAAGGCCCUCAACAAGUCUGGCCUGGACCCCCGACAACUCAAGUUCCAGCAGCGGGAGAUCAAGCUGCAUCAUCUGGCCAGCCAGCACCCCAAUGUCGUGUCCCUGGUGCGCAUUAUGGAUUCCGUGGACUGCACCUACGUCGUUAUCGAGUUCUGUCCCGAGGGCGACCUCUUCUCCAGCAUCACCGAGAAGGGCCACUUUGUCGGCAACGACCCCUUGGUCAAGUGUGUGUUCCUGCAGAUCCUGGAUGCCGUUCAUUUCUGCCAUUCCUUGGGGAUCUACCACCGGGAUCUGAAGCCGGAGAACAUCCUGGUCACCGACCAGGGCUUGACUGUCAAAUUAGCCGACUUUGGUCUGGCCACCACCGAUCCCAUCACCUCGGAUUUCGGCUGUGGUUCGACCUUUUACAUGUCUCCCGAAUGCCAGCAACCUAAUCCCCGACCGAUGUCCUGGUACGAGUCCGCUCCCAACGAUGUGUGGAGCCUGGGUGUCAUCCUGGUCAACCUGACCUGCGGUCGCAACCCCUGGAAGCGUGCCUCGCUGGAAGACUCCACCUUCCAGGCCUACCUGAAGGAUCCCUUCUUCCUGAAGACCAUCCUCCCCCUGUCCGACGAGAUGAUCUGCAUAUUGAGUCGCAUCUUCGAGUGCGACCCCAGGAAACGGAUCUCCAUUCCGGAGCUGCGCAACCUAAUUCUGGAAUGCCCGCGGUUCACGGUGAACUCUGUAGCUCCUUGGACCCCGGUGCCUUGCCCGAUGCCCUUCGACUUCUCUCCACAGGUCUCCAUGCCCGUGGAUGGCUUCAACACACAGUCGUCGUCCUCUUCGGACUCGUCCCACUACUCGGACUCUCUGGAAUCGGCCGUGUCCGAUGCCUCCUCCUUUACGGAUAGCUAUACGGACGUCAACAGUGUUUCAUCCAUGUCGUCGGUCGGCCUGGAACCAGAACCUCCGUACAAGGGCGAGUUCCCUCCCACGGACUUGGUGUGCAAUGACAUGCCCAUGCCGCUGGUGAUUCCGUCGCAGCCUUUUGCCCCGCCCAUCCCGGUCUGUUAG